GCUUCCACACCACGUGGCGUCGGGCCCUCGCCAUAGGGCUCGCCUUCUCUUUCUUGGUCGACGCUGGGCUGCUGGAGUGGGCCCUCGAGUCGCCCAUCCUUGCCGCCAACACGAGUGACCCUCUCUCGCGUUACGAGCGCAUCUCUUCGAGGCUGAGCUUCACUGAAUACGUUGGCCUGUCUAUGAGCUCGGUGCACAGAUGGAGUCGGAUGUACCGCAAUACAGGCGGAGGCCAGGGCGAAGUCGUGCUGAUGUUGAUGAGGCUCUAUCCGAAGAAGAAAGGCGACAUGAGGUGGAUCUACGUUUGGCCAGACCGAAGUUUGGGCUCCGUCGACAUCAAGGAUCGGUCGAGGAUCACCGCCAAGAGACAGCCGAACACCACCUACGCCCACUUCCCCGCCCUGUCCGCCGAGGAGAAGACGGCGGCGAUCGAGGCGGGCACUGAGAAGCAGCUCUGUACGGAGUUUGGCGCUGCACGCUGGCGCUCAUGGGGCUCUAUGCUGGGAUGGGCCCGCAGUGCUGCGGUUGCUAUGUGGGCGACGUCGUCGUGGCGCACCAGCGGAGGCCUCAUGUUUUUUGCCUGGAGAGCCGCGCUGUACUUCAGGGCCUGGGAUUGGGCCAAGUGGACGGUGGAGAAGCUGGACGACACGCACACAUUCAUGAUGGAGCUGGACGACUUCCGGGCCUACUUGUACGACCUCUACCAGGACGGUCGGCUGGAGUUGCCGAUGUUGCUCCUCUCCUUCCUAAUGGCUUUCACUCCCGUGCUCUGGAGUUGGUGCUGCCGCCGUGGCCUACCCAGGUUUGGUGGCGCCAGCCCUCCAGGGAGCGACGUGGACAGCGAUGGGGAGGCCGGGCAUUCAGUUCACGAAUCGGACUCGGAGUCGGAGGGAAGCAAGGAGGUUUCGGAGAUGAGGAAGAUGAUGCAGGACCUGAUGGAGGAGAUGCACCGCGACCGUGGCCGCGCGGAGGCGGGCACCGAGGGGACCCCGACCAUCAACUUGGACGAGGUCUCGGUGGAGGAGGUUGGGGUGAACAUCGGGCCGCUGCGCGAGUCCUUGAAGGAUCCCAGGGUGCGCCUGAUGGAGAACUUGACGAAGCUGAAGUCGACCUACGGCAAGUAUGGCAGCAUGGGCAAGUUCGCGACGGACUGGGUCAAGCAGAAGGAGCCCUACAAGAAUCACAUCGGCCACGAGAUGCUCUUACACUGCAUGAACAAGGAUCGCAUGCUGCAGGAUGUACACGCGAUGUCCGACUGGAAACAGACCCGCGGCGCAUCAGCCAACAAGUGGAAGUCGAAGGUGCGUUGGGACCUGGCGAACGAGCUGGACUGGCGCUCCGUGAUGGACGGGGAGGAGUCUCUUCCAAGCGUCGAGAAGGAUCUCACCGCACGGCUGCAGCAGAAGGCGCUGUUCCAGAAGUACGUGCACAAGGCAGGCUCCUACCGCUACGUGCCGUCCGAGGUGAACGUGGCGGACGGCCUGUCCCGGGGGGGCUUCCUAGGGGCGGCGCCCGAGACCGUGCGAGCGCACAGCGACCGCUUGCGCGGGAUAUGCUGGUGGCUGACGCUUCCCAUCUUCGACCUGGUGGGGCGCGCGUCGGCUGGCCGCGAGCCUCUGCAGCCCAUGAGCACGACCCCGAUGACCAAGAGAGGCCCAUUGGCAUGGGACAACCACGCGACGGACCCGAACACUGGCUUGCUAGACGGCGGCUUCACGCGCUUGCUCACGCACUCAGUGGCUGACGCUACCGCCUCGCAGUGGGCCCCCAAGGUGCGGCAGUUCCUCAACUUCUGUAUUCAGCGAGGCUGGCAGCUGACAUCCGAGUCGGAGGUCGAUCGGGCGCUGGCAGACUACAUGGACAUCCAGUGCUACGGCGAGCGCAAGAGAGCGACCCUCGGCUCGGUGGUCCUGUUCGGCAUGUUGGUGAUCUGGCCUGAGCUUCGCAACAAGCUGCCCCUCGCCCUGAGAAGCCUCAAGAGUUGGCAGAAGCUGGCUGGCACGAGCGAGGGUGGCCCACUUCCGGAGGAGGCCAUCUACGCGACCGCCAUCUACAUGAUCGAGCAGGGGCACUACGUGGAGGCCGUUUGGACACUCACGCAGUACGACGUCUACGGCCGAGAGCAGGACAUGGAGAUGUUGAAGAUCGGGGACGUCGUGUGGGACGGCCAGUGCAUGGCCCUGGCCUUUGGUGUCUCGAGCCGCGGCGAGGAAGUCAAGACAGGCACCAACCAGGGCGCCGUCAUUCGGCGGGGCGUGGUCGCUAACCUAGUCCUGGGGUUGCGUGACUUCAGGACGGGCAAAGACGAGAAGCUCUUCGGCAUCGACCAGAUCCGCUUCCGUUCCGCGCGAGGAUGCCAUGAGGUGGUCCGUGAGUCGGGCAUGCGAGCGGUGCGGGACCUGAAGGCAGAGACCUUGCGAGCCCUGAGGAGACGUCCACGCCCGCGCGGCAGCCUCCCCGAGGCCCUCGAGAAUGCCAUCAAGAAGAACCUAGUCAAGGACGUUGCCGCCGAGCUGAUGAAGAUCACGAGCUCCAGGGCGCGCAGUUCCAAGAAGACUAACCAGACCAACGAUGACGACCAAGAUAGCCCUGGAGGCCUCUUUUCGGACGAGACGUUCGGUGAGGACACGGGCUGGUGGACGGAGUGA